UGGGCGGAGACAGAAACACAGCGAGGGAGGGAGAGGAAGUGGUGAGGAUGCUCUAUGGUGGCUGCAGCACUUUGCUACUCAUCUCACAACAGUCACUUAGUCAUUUUAUAUCAGACAACAACGGUCUGUUAUCUGUGCUUCACUGACCUGUAUUCACCAUCUACAUAUGACCAUGCCUGUUAAGGAGCAGCGUAUCUGGAAAAUGUAGUUUCGGUAAAGCCGAUUGAAGUUGUUCAUCACUGAGGGGAAACACGGAACUCAGGUGUUGGAGGAACGACGGCAGAGCUUCCUUCUAAUCAAGUUCUCUCUGUCCAAAAGAUGUCAACUGACAGUGUAGGAAGAGGAACCAAAACCUCUAAAGCAUCAAAGGAUCCUAAAAGGCCCACAGCGUCCACUCUGAAAGGAGCCAUCCAGCUGGGUAUCGGGUACGCUGUGGGAAACCUGAGCUCCAAACCAGACAGAGAUGUUCUCAUGCAGGACUUCUCUGUGGUGGAGAGCGCCUUCCUGCCCAGUGAUGGCAGCAACCUGACUCCAGCUCAUCACUUCCCAGAUUUCCGUCUGAAGACAUACGCACCGCUGGCCUUUCGUUACUUCAGAGAGCUGUUUGGCAUCAAGCCAGAUGACUAUCUGUACUCCAUCUGUAAGGAGCCUCUGAUCGAGUUGUCCAACCCCGGUGCCAGUAGUUCGUGGUUUUACCUCACCAGUGAUGACGAGUUUAUCAUUAAGACUGUGCAGCAUAAAGAGGCUGAGUUCCUGCAGAAGCUGCUUCCUGGUUACUACAUGAAUCUGAAUCAGAACCCAAGGACGUUGCUACCCAAGUUCUACGGUCUUUACUGCAUCCAGUGUGGUGGCAUCACCAUCCGUGUAGUGGUGAUGAACAAUGUGUUGCCACGUGCUAUGAAGAUGCACUAUAAGUACGACCUGAAGGGUUCCUCGUACAAGCGUCGUGCCUCACGCAAAGAGAGUGCCAAGCUCUCACCCACAUUCAAAGACUUAGACUUCCAGGAAAUGCAUGAGGGCCUGUACUUUGACCCAGACACCUACAACGCUCUGAUGAAGACUCUGCAGCGGGACUGUCGGGUCCUGGAGAGCUUUAAGAUCAUGGACUACAGCCUUCUGCUGGGGAUUCAUGUUUUGGACAGGAAGCCACUGCACAGAGGAAGUCGAUGUGACAGCAGGAGAGGACAGAAAGUCCUUUACUCCACUGCCCUUGAGUCCAUCCAAGGGAAUGUGAAGGCACCUGAAUCGGUGGCUGAUGAUGAGACGUUGGGUGGAAUUCCUGCCAAACACAAAGAUGAGAACCUGCUCAUCUUUUUAGGAAUCAUUGACAUCCUUCAGUCCUACAGAUUUGUUAAGAAGGUGGAACAUUCCUGGAAGGCUCUUGUACAUGAUGGUGACACAGUGUCGGUUCACAGGCCUAGUUUUUAUGCGGACAGAUUUCUGAAAUUCAUGAGCUCAGUUGUAUUCAAAAGGCUUCAUCCUUUAAGAGGAGCAUCUUCAAAGAAGAAGAGGAAUUCCCUUUGUGCACCAAAGUCAGCCUCUCAGGAGUUUCUGUCCCCUCAAAAGGAGGACAAGAAAGAGGAGAAGAAGGCCCAAAGCAUGGACAACCUGGAUGGAAACUUUCACAAUUCCUCUAAACGGCCAGAUCUUCUUCUGAGAUCUACUGUUUCAUUUGAGUCUACCAAGAAUGAUGAAGAGGAUCUUGAAAGCAGUGAAGACCGACGAGCCUCUAGUUCAACAGUCGCUCUGGACGAUCCUCUGCCGUGCCUCAGGAGGAGCCAAUCGUAUUCUGAACUGGACGUCUACUUGUGAGAAGAAAUGAGUGAUGGUUCCUCUGCCACCACUUGUACUUCUCACCUUUUGACCUUCCAGUCCCGUGGUGCUGAGACACCAGUGUAAAGGCAGUUACAACAGUUUCAACCUUUAUUUGUGUCAGUUUCAACCUUGUGCCUCUGUGACUUCUCUUUUUGAGUCAAACUUUACGUGCCAAAUCACUGAUUCUUUAAUAGAAAUCCCAUCAGUAACAGAUGUGGAAUCGGUCAACUAACAAGCAAAAACAAUGUCGUGUGUGUGUGUGUGUGUGUGUGUAUGAAUCACUGAACCACUGUGACACUAUGAAACUUUUUUCUCUCCUUUUAUUCUAUACACUCUGCUGCUAAUUUCACAAUAGUACUAGCAAAAAAUAUUUAGUUUAGUUUACGAAUGUCCUAUCCUCUUGAAUGUCUCAUUUUGUUUUAGAUUCUCAGAGGCUGGAUCCCUGAGGAAAUUAACUGCUGUUAUUUGAUGUUACAGGAAAAAAAAAGUCUUGCUGUUAUUUUUAAAUUGUGAAUUUAUACAUGUUUCUAAAUGGGGAAAAAUGCCACUUCAUUCUUUAAGACAGUCAAAUAUAAUUGCAUACAAUAUGUCACAUUAAUUUAACCUCUGUCCUCUGUGAAUUUUUUCAUUCAUACAUGCAAAUCUGCUGCCACCAUUACAGAAACAACUGCUAUUGUAGUCUUGUAUGUUAGAGAACGGCAUCAUUUUCUUCAUAAUUAUUACAACAAUAUACUGUUUUAUCUCAUAUUUUCAUGUAAAGUAUUCUUCUCUCAUUCCUCCACGAGAAUGUACAUUUUUGUGUUAACUGUGAUUGAACAAAAGCUGUGCUCAUUGUAAACUGUUGUGAAUCCUGCAGGUAAAUAAUUGACUGAUGACUGCCUUCUUUCUCCACAUGCCUUAAAAAGUUUAAAAAUCAAAGCUUUGAUGUGACUUGUAGACCUUCAACUGUAUUACAGCAAUACUUUGGACCAAUAUUUUUGAAAUAAA